AUGUCUAACGAGAAACAGAAUAAAAAUCAUGAAAAACAUGAAAAAAAACAAAAAAGGGGAAAUGAAAAUAAACGAAAAAAUAUUCUAAACGCUUGUAACGGUUGUAGGAUAAAAAAGAUAAGGUGUAGCGGCGGAGCACGAUGCGAUUGUUGUACCCGCAAUAAUUUAGUGUGUUUUUAUCCAACUCCAAAGAAACGUGGUCCGAAACAUCGCCAGGAAAACACUCCACAUAACGGUAUUAAUCAUGUGCCAAACAAUAAUCCAAUUAAUCUUCUUUCUGAAAGGGUUAGCAACGUUGAAGAUAUGCUUAGUAAAGUUUCCGGAGAAUCGAUUGACGACAAAGAAGCUUCCAUGGCAUCAUUUGACAAACUCUUGCAGUCUGUGACUGCGUUUGUGAAUGAACCGCCUACUUUGUUCUCACCAGACGUUCUGUCUUCUGCUACCAAUAUUCCUCCUCUUUAUCAAAGAAACAAUAUGAACCUUGAUUCUCAUAGUAACUUUUCCUUUGGAGAGCAACCUUAUAUGCUACAUGACACAUUACCUACCUUUAUUGAAAAUAACAUGCUCAUACCAGAGACCUAUUAUCCUUUAACUACAGAGGAACAUAUCUUUACAGGAGCACCUUCAAGUGAUGAAUACCCUAUUUGA